AGUCCGGCGGAGAACGCAUGCGUUUUGUGGUGCUCCUGCUCUCAUGUCUGAUGUCUCAUAGUCGACACUUGACAGACAAAAAAUACCCGUUAGUGAGUUUGGUUACGAUUGCGAGUCGCGAAAAAGAAACGUUGGCGUUGUUUAGUUUUCUUUCAUCAAUUUACUGUCGCGUCGUGAUUGCAUCUGUGAGAAGUGCUCUUUAAAAUAUCAUAAUCACUGUCAAAAAUAUAUUCAGUGUAAAUGUCAAAAGAUAUACCUACGCCUAUAUAAAUAUUUCAAUUGAAUUAUUCCAGUGUUAAUAUAGGUUUUUUUUUUUAAAAAGAGGAAACAAAAAAUAUGAUGUGUAGUGUGUUUUAUUUGUGAAGCGAUGCGAUGCGAUGGCUGGUUGCAUGUUGGUUGCUGACGGUUGAUAGUUGAUGGUUGGGUGUAUUUCACCUUCAGUUAGUGUCGGAGUUAACCUAUAAAUUAUUUUCUUAUCAGAGAAUCUUAAGAGGACGUCAGGAACCCUCAAUUGACUGUAAUCUUUGGUGGCAUCUUUUUAAUGUUUUGUUUUACUUUCAACAUAUCUCUACACUCUACAUUCGGGGACUUCGAUCCGUUUUGAGUUUAUUGCGCUCUGCCAUAAAUUAUAGUUUAACUAUUGUCCACUGUGUGCUAUAAGAAGCAAUAAUAAUAUCUAAUAGUUUUUGUGUGUUUUAUUUUUUUUAAGUGUGUUUCUUUUUAUUUAUGUACGUUUUGAAUGUUGGGUAUCUGGACUUUCCUUCUUUAAUCCUUAUCUGCCUAUAGUCGGGGUCUGGCAAGAAGGAAUUGAGAGGUCGUAAAGGUCAUUUUCGCCGCAAGAAAUUCCUUUUCUUUAACGAAUUAUUACCUUCAUUGUUGCUAUUGUGUUGGAAGUGCGUUUGAAUCGGAUUGAUAUAUACGAAUGUGAGUUCUCAGUCAAUUUCUAAUUUAAAAGUCGGGCGUUUUUUUAAAGAAAUUGAUUAAUCUGGAUAACGUCCAUUGAUAGAUAAUGGAAUCAUAAAAGUGCAACUAUAAAAAUAGGUACCUUCCUACUUUGAUAACUUAAUUAAUCGAGUGAGUCUUAAUUUAAAUACCUGCCUACACAAAAAAGAGGAAAGAACAUUGUUUUAAGCGGAUUGAUAACUACAAUUUAUCUGGAAUACAAUUCAUUGAUUAAGCAGUUGAUUAUAAAAACCAGAAGCAGUCGUGCAGGCUCUUCGAAAGGAAUCGUUGGGGGCUACAAACGUUAUACUUCAACAGACGCACAUGGGCGUCUGUACUGAAGAGCGCCCUGUGAUGCAUUGGCAGCAGAGCGCAAGGUUCUUAGGGCCGGCAAGGGAAAGAAGUCCAACACCACCUGGAACGCAUAUCAGCCGCCAGUGUGGUGGACCUUCCAACAACAAUCACAUACUAUAUCGUUCCUGUUCCUCGUGUCCUGAAACAUGUGACCAUAGCAUCAAGGCCUUUGAAUCCGCACCCAUAUACAACGAUUCGUUUAGAAGCUACGAUGCACCGGAUAGAGCUCCUUUUGACGAAUCAUUGAUAAAAUAUUCUGUCAGUGGGAGAUUAGACUGUCCAGAAGGUAGUGAUGACCAAAUAUCUGGAGUGUCACUCAAAACAGAACCCUAUGGCCCACCUAGCAGUCCAGAAUCUUCCAGUGAAACAACACUACCUGGUCCUGAAGACUGCGCCGGUUGUGGCCGAUUUAUUCAGGACCGAUUCUACCUCUCAGCUGUUGAAAAACGAUGGCAUGCUGGUUGUCUUCAAUGCUGUACAUGCCAACAACCAUUGGAAGGAGAGUCAUCGUGUUUUUCUAAGGAUGGAAAAAUUUAUUGCAAAAGUGAUUACUAUAGACUUUUUGGUACCAGAAGAUGUUCCCGAUGCUUAGCAUCUAUAAGUUCAUCGGAACUGGUAAUGCGUGCGAGAGAUUUAGUAUUUCAUGUGAAUUGUUUCAGUUGCGCAAUGUGCAAUACACCGUUAAAUAAGGGUGACCAAUUUGGAAUAAGAGAUUCGGUGAUAUUUUGCAGAUUACAUUAUGGAAUUUCCUUAGAGGCACAGGCAGCGUCUACACCUCUAGCCAAUUCGUGCUCAUACGGUUCACAAUUUGGUUCACCUCCAAACGAUUCGUCAAGUCCUAAUGAUCCAAAUAGAAUUGUUCCUGCCGGUUUGUACAUGCCAGCUUCUCAUGUCAUAUCGGGGCUUCCUCAGGCGCCAAGACAAAAAGGGCGGCCCAGAAAAAGAAAGCCAAAAGACAUCGACUCUUUAACAGCAAACAUAGAUCUAAAUUCCGAGUAUCUUGAUUUUGGACGUGGUUCGCAUAUGAGUUCAUCAUCGCGCACAAAAAGAAUGAGAACAUCGUUUAAACACCAUCAGUUACGAACAAUGAAAUCCUAUUUUGCUAUCAACCAUAAUCCUGAUGCAAAGGAUUUGAAGCAACUUUCACAAAAAACUGGCUUACCCAAAAGAGUGCUUCAGGUUUGGUUUCAAAAUGCAAGAGCAAAAUGGCGUCGCAUGAUGAUGAAACAAGAUGGCUCAACUAUGAACGAUAAGGGGGAUGGGCCCUUGGACCUAGACAGUUUCUCUGCUCACAGUCCAUCUUUUAUCUUGGGAGGAACAUCAAGCCCACAUAAUCUUGAUUAAUAUAACCGACCAACACGUUUUACCUCAGCAUUAUAUUCAUUAUGAUUAUGCAACAUUUAUCAUAGAUAUGAUUAGUUUAACGAUACCAUGAGUAGAAAAUCAAAUAAAGACUUAUAAAUAAAUCAUUGUGAACGAAAAUUAGGAACAUGACUGCGCACAUGAGAAAAAUGACAACAACUACUAAAAACCCAUAAAAUAAACUUCAUUGAGAUUCCCAUUAGAUAACGAAAAUCGCAAAACAAAAAUAAUAUCAUUAAAGCUCAAUUAAAUUAAUUAAAGUGUAAAACAAAAAAAAAACAUUUUAAAAUCAUCUUUUCUGUUCCUUAUAAUCUUAAUGCGGAUUAACCCUCAAGAUAAGUUAGAUAUCUAAUUGUACCAUUGUUUCCCUUAAAAAUGGGUAUCUUAAAAUUUAUUUAAAUCAAAUUCUUCGAUCUCUAUAUUUAUUUUUUUUUCUAUCAGGCAAGCAGGAAAAUAGCAAAACAGAUAUUAAUCACAUUUGUUUUAGGAUGUUAAAGUUUAAAAUUCUUAUAAUUUAUAAGAAAUGUAUUUAUUAUUUUAGUUGUAUUUUAUUAAAAAUAAAUUUAAAAGAAUAACUUUCCUGUAAUAUUCUGUAUCAGAUGCUUUUUCGAGUAUUCAGAAAUAUUUUUUGGAUUUGUGUAAACAAAGUCCUUAAUUUAAAAAAGAAAAAGAAAAUGUGAAUAAAUUUACUAAAUUGAAGUGUGUGUAAGAUUUAGAAAUGUAGGUACCUACAUACAUAUAUAUCCAAUACCCCAAGGUUAGUUUAAACAAAAAAAUUAUGUAAGUAUUUACAAUAAUGUAUUAUAAAAUUAUUAAAAACAUAUUGUUUUAAGUUGUGUAAUUUUAGGCUAAUAAAUUAUUUACAAUAGUUGUAAAACGUUUGUACUUAUGGAUUAUUUAUAAUCGUUUUAGAAAUAAAAACAAAUCU